AUGUCGGACUCUACGUACGCCAACAGAGAACAGCAAAACAACCAGAGGUUUGACCAGCUUGCGCUGACUCUCCACCAGUUCCGUACGACAGUGAACAACGAGAUUCAUGGUGCCAUACAACUGGAGAACCUGACUCUUGAUUUACUUGGAGAGAACUUCAACCAAUUGAUGUCACAGGUGAAAAGGACCAGUUCUGACUUGAGAGGAGUUAUGACACGUAAUGCUAGUAUUACCAGAAUUGUUGGAUUGAUAUUACUUGGGUUUGUGGUUAUCUGGAUGAUACUGAAGUUGCGCUAG